AUGGCCGCUCCAACAGAAGCGCAGCUCGCGCAUAUCCAGCUGCUCGAACAGCUCGACAUCCACUCCAUCCACAAGAACUUCCGCAACCCCAAUUGGAAGCCCAACCAGCGACGAAACAAGAACCUUAAGGCCAUCGUAGGCGACGCGUCGAGGCGAGAGGCAUCCGCCCUCGCGACACCGCAAGACGUCAGCGGCGAUGCGACCCCAGCCGUCGACGAUGGCCUCUCGACCAGCGGCACCUCGACGCCGGCCACAAGCACCAACGGGAACCCGCCACCGCCAAAUCUCGCACAGGCUUCGCGUAGUCUGUCGAAGCUCGUGCUGGAAAAGACACUGAAGCCUCCUGUGGGAGGGGCUGGAGCUGUGUCGGCCCCGAACGCGACGUACACAAACAUCGAGUCGGCGCCUUCAUUAGCACACUCGAAGCACUACUGCGAUAUCACGGGCCUUCCGGCGCCUUACUUGGAUCCCAAGACCCGACUGCGGUAUCACAACAAGGAGGUGUUUGGGUUGAUCAGAACACUGCCUCAGAGCUCUGCGGAGCAGUUCUUGGCUGCUCGUGGCGCGCACACAGUGCUGAAGUGA